ACGCUUUCGGAUCCUCGUAACUCGACGCAGGGAACGCUGCCAAUAACGGCUCUUGACCGACAAGGGGCGCUCAAGGGGCGGUCAGUUUCCCGUCAGCGGAACGACAAGUCGGUGGGUCUAUGAAAAUCGCUUCCACCGAGAUAAACACAUACUAAUGGCGUCCGUCCUGCGGCUCUCUCCAAACUGCUGAUUUUCCUCAGUGCGUGUGGCACUGCAUGGGUCAAACUUUUUAAAGGCAGACGCACCGUUUCCGGAGGCAAACGCAAGCGCUUUGGCGCAACAUCGUGUGUGAAAAGCUGCAAUGGUCGUGGAGCUGUAACACAAGACGUCACCUACUUGUGGAGACCGGAGGCUCAUGUGAUUGCCUCGGCAAAGUGGCAAGUAUAUUCAAAGGACCACGCUGGCGGCCCCAUGACCACCGCCAGGUAUCGCCCCAGCUGGGACCUCGCCCUGGACCCCCUGGUGUCCUGCAAACUGUGCCUUGGAGAGUUUCCCCUGGAGCAGAUGACCACCAUCACACAGUGCCAGUGUGUCUUCUGUACUAUGUGCCUGAAGCAGUACGUGGAGCUGCUGAUCAAAGAGGGCCUUGAAACGGCGAUCAGCUGUCCAGACUCCACCUGUCCUAAACGGGGACACCUGCUGGAAAACGAGAUCGAGCUCAUGGUGGCUGCUGAGAUUAUGCAGAGAUACAGGAAGCUGCAGUUUGAGAAAGAGGUGCUGCUGGACCCGUGCCGGACCUGGUGCCCGUCCUCGUCGUGCCAGGCCGUGUGCCAGCUGAGAGAGGCGGAGUCUCAGGGGGCACAGCUGGUGCGGUGCUCUGCCUGCAGCCUGGAGUUCUGCUCCUCCUGCAGGGACAACUGGCACCCCGGCCACACCUGCCCCGAGACCCCGCCCGUCACCUCCUUCCUGUCCCGCGAGAGCAGUCUGUUUUACAAGAGUGACGAGGACGAGGGGCCAAUCAAGCGCUGUCCCAAGUGCAAGGUGUACAUCGAGCGGGACGAGGGCUGCGCGCAGAUGAUGUGCAAGAACUGCAAGCACGCCUUCUGCUGGUACUGCCUGGAGUCCCUGGACGAUGACUUCCUCCUGAUCCACUAUGACAAAGGGCCGUGCCGAAACAAGCUGGGCCACUCCAGAGCCUCCGUCAUCUGGCACAGAACACAGGUGGUGGGAAUCUUUGCCGGGUUCGGCCUGCUGCUCCUGGUUGCCUCUCCCUUCCUCCUGCUGGCCACGCCCUUCGUCCUGUGCUGCAAGUGUAAGUGCAGCAAAGGGGACGACGACCCCCUCCCUUCCUAACCGAGAAAAGAAAAGGCUCUCCGCUCAGCCGCGGGCCAGCUUCCCUCAUUGUCCUCGUUUCUCUGCCUCCCUCGGGCCGGAGGGCUCGGUUUCAUGGCCUGUGUGGGUUCACUGUGUCCUUCAGUGUGGGCCUGUGGGGGAGGGGCAGUGGGCGGAGACCUUCUGGUUGGUAUGGGGUGUGUCCAAAGGGGAGGCGGAGCUACAGGGCCUCUAGUGAGGUGCAGCUCCAAUUGGCUGCCGCUCUCAGCAGAAGGUGUGGUGUCCAUUGUGGUGUCAUUGGAGUUUUACAUAGGGUUUUUGGGAACGUCUCACAUCAGUGUUUUAAAUCACAUGAAGCGGUGAGGUAUAUUUCCUUCCCAUUGUGGGCAUAUAUAUGGUGUCUGAUAACUUUAUUAUGAUAACAGCACUCUGGUGAGAUGACCUAGUGGUGUCUGCUGGUGAGUGCAAGCAGAUCUCAUUCUGUACCAUGUUCUGGAGAGGUUCAGGAAAGCCAUGUUUCUGAUCAUUGUGCAUCUGCCCUUUACUCUAAAGCUUAAUGGAGCUGUUCAUUCCUUUGAGAAUGUCUUGUUCUAGACUUUUCCUGAAGGACAUCUAUCAAGGAUUUCAUUCUUUGUUAUUUCUCAUCUUGAUUCACUUUGUCAUGGUGGAUUGUGUAAAGGUCAUUUUGUAAUGUUUCAUAAAUCACACGUUCCUUCAAUGUGAAGUAAACCUGAAAGUUAUGUAGUGGUUCAUUGCGAUACUGAGAGACAGCUCGGAGGAAAGGGAUUAUAAACUAACUGCUCUUUGUACAUUUUAAACUUGUGGUUGUAGGAAUAAUUUAUCGUUAAAAUCACACAAAUAUUUAGUUCUAAACACCACUGCACCUGUGCAUAACUGUUCAUGUUGUCAUUUUUUCCAGGUUGAACAUAUAAUAUUGCAUGUUUAAUUAUUCCUCUGCAUCCAAGAUAUUUAAGGGCUUAGUGGUUGUGAAUAGACUCAUUUACACAGGGAUACUGUAAGCAGUUUUAACCCUUUGGAAGUUGGUGGAUGCUUUUAAAAUAAUACAUAGAUCCUAAGAGCACAGAUUACACUAAUUGUAAUUACAUUUAAAUGUAAAAAGUUAUUCAUCCUGGACCUUUGGUUUGGAAUAUAGUUUCUGAAAAUUUAAGUGAUUUAAAAUGGGGACUAAGAUGAGUAAAAUUCUCAGUGUGAGGUUAGGGUUAGAGUUAAAUGAAAGCUGUGUUGAUUGGUUGGAACGAAAUGUCAAAGGUGCUGAUCUCCUCAAAUCCCCGACUUUAAAAAUCUCCAAGAACAAACAGUUGACAGAGUACUUGAAAGAACUGCAUCACAGUAUCUAUGCAAGUCUGUAAAGCUUUCAAAAGCAAUGCAACAUUGAAGCCAGUGCUUAGGCCAUCUUAUCCUUUAAUAAAUGCCAUAUCAAAAGGCCUUGUGCCAUCUGAACAGGUAAUGUAGUCUUAAAUGCAGUGCUUAUGAUAUCAGGGGCAUAUGAACAGACUUUCUGUUGCAGUACAUUAAUCAGGUAAACCCAGGUAAUAAUUCUCUCUGCUGCUUUGAUCUAGCAUCAUACUGUGACAUUAGCCUCAUGCCAGGAGUAUUUUGUGUCGAGACUGUUCCCUUUGAAGGGUCCAAAGAACCGCACAAGACUAAUGUAAGUGUAUACCACACAUUUUUCUGUCCAAUCAGUGAACCCAUAGCAAUCAGACCCUUUUCCUCACCGAUCAGCACAGCUGUAGCAUUUAAUCCCUUUUCUCCCCAGCGAGCACAGCAGUUAAAGUCAGACUCUCCUGUCCAAUCAACACAAAUCUCUCUGAAAACGACCUGUCAGUCAUAAGUUCUAUCACCCUGUGGUCCUGUCAGCCAGGUGCAAAUUCUUAGGACAGAAUUGCACUCUCAGGUAACACAGGUCCAUAGCAGUGUGUCAAUCAAAUUUGUAGUGUGUCACACUUUAGUUCAGUUUUGGCAUUUUAAACAUGUAAAAGUCAUUGUUUUCCUAAUUCUGAAUAUUACUCUUAUUGCCAUAUUUCCAAUAGUUACACAACAGUGCCAGUGUUUACCAUUUUCCCCUUUACCUCCUAACUUACAGGAAGGGGUGUGUUGGUCUGAACACAAAACGAUUCAAAAAGAAAGGGAAAAAGGAACCAUUGUGUAGGAGUUUGAGAGGGAAUUGCUUGUAUAUAAACUGGUGUAAUGUGAUUUCUCAGGCUGAAAGCAUUUGUGAUCCUUCUUACAACCAGAAAGUAGCAUUAUGGGCUGAUACCUCGGAAACUGCUUCUUGACCUAAUGCCACCACACAUUCACUCAGAGCCGUCUGAUUGUGGCCGAAGUUUGACCUGUGUCUCUAACGGUCACAGUGCUGUUUCUAACCCCUUCGCUGGUUCCUCUGGUGUGAGUGCUAAGUGAACGUGAGUAUGCCAAACCGGUGUGACCAUGACAUGUUUGCAAUGCCUUUGAUCCCAAGUUUUGCCUGUCCACAGUUAUUUUGCUAUUAAUGUUCACCAUAUUUUUAUGUGUUUGUUUUGCACAAUUUAAAGAAAUCUUAAGCAUUGAGUUUAAUUUGUAUUGACUGUAUAUGUAAAAUGAAUUCUACCUGUAAAAUGGUAACCUUGUAUAUUGCCACAAAAAUAGUGACAAUAAAAGUGUGAAAAUAUUUGGUCAUCUUCAAACAAACACACAAUCUGAAUAAAUUGC